UGGCUUUUCCCGCCCACUGGAGGGCCUGGCUUGGCGCGUCCUCUCCGCCCCGAGGACUAGGCGCCUGGGCCAGCAGUGCCUGCCUUCCUUCCCCGGAGAAGGAGCAGCCUCCCAGCGCUCCAUUGCCAGGCAAUAGGCCGCCCCCUCCUUCCCUUCCCUUCCCUUCUCCUUUCGGGGACUUGGCUUGGGUUUUCCAGGUCAGCCCUGGCUCCUGCUCCUCCUUCUCCUCCCCCGAGGCUCUGGCACUGUCUGGGAAGGAAGGCCUUUCCCCGAACUACUGACGUCUGACUAAAGAAAGCUCCGCGGAGACUAGGCCGCCUUUGGCCUCGCUGGGGGGAAGGACUGCUGGAGGAGAGCUUGAGGCGCUUCCCUGCUGGCCCUGGCCUCCCUUCCCCGGAGGGUGCGGAACUUUGCGCUCGGGGCCCCGGGGGCCGGAGGGAGCCUCUUGGGCGGCGGACCCAGCCCUUGGCCAGGCCUUGCUCGGCCGUCCCUCUUCCGCUCGCGCCCUUGGUUCCGCCCAGAAGAGCCCUGCCUGCCUGCCUGCCUGCCUGGGAUGCUGCGUCCAGGUCAGCCCCGCCGGGAGAGGCCUCCUCCUCCUCCUCCUCCCCCAGGCAGCCCCCUCAGGGCCGGAUGCUGGGGGUCCUGGGAGUUGGCGCCCCCCAAGCAAGGCCUUACAUAGCACUUUACAAAGGAGAGAAAGCAGCAGUCCGAAACAGAGACAAAAGCCUGCCUCCGGCGCGCAACCUAAAACCACAAGCAAAAUUACAACAUUAAUAAAACCAGACUAGCUCAAGUGAUGAAGAACUGGGGCCUCCUUGGGGGUGUUGCGGCUGCCCUUGCUGCCAGCGCCUAUGUCCUGUGGGGUCCCCUCUCGGAGCGGAAGAGGCGCCGGCACGGGCUGGUUCCAGGCCUGCUCAACCUGGGGAACACGUGCUUCAUGAACUCCCUCCUCCAAGGGCUGUCGGCCUGUCCCUCCUUCAUCCAGUGGCUGGAAGGCUUCACUGCCCAGUGCCAAGCCGGCCAGAGAGAAACUGCGGAGUGCCGGUCCUUGUCCUCGACGCUGCUGCACCUCCUGAAAGCUUUGUCCGGCCAAGAGGCCACAGAAGACGACCUCCUGGACGCGAGCGGCUUGUUGGAGGUCUUAAGGAUGUACCAAUGGCACAUCUCUUCCUUCGAAGAGCAGGAUGCUCAUGAGCUGUUCCACGUCCUUACCUCCUCAUUGGAAGAUGAAAGAGACUGUCAGCCGCGGGUCACGCAUCUGUUUGAUGUGUAUGCGCUAGAGCAACCAGAAAUGCCACAAGAGCGAAUACACUGCAGAACGAGAGGGUCCUUGCAUCCCUUGUCAAGCCACUGGAAGCUGCAGCACCCUUUUCAUGGGAGGCUGACAAGCAACAUGGUUUGCAAACAUUGCAAGCAUCACAGUCCGCUCAGGUAUGACACCUUUGACAGCCUUUCCUUGAGCAUCCCUGCCGCCAUGUGGGGCCAUCCCUUGACGUUGGACCACUGCCUCCAUCAUUUCAUCUCCUCCGAGUCGGUCAAGAAUGUCGUGUGUGACAAUUGCACAAAGAUCCAAAGGGCCAAAGGGACGGAGCCUGGGCACUUCGUGGAGAACCAGCGGACCACCUUUGUGAAGCAGCUGAAGCUGGGGAAAGUAAGACCUAGAUAAUAAUAAUAAUAAUAAUAAUAAUAAUAAUAAGGUUUUUUCAAGUACACUGGACCCAAGCCAUGACUUUAUAGUUUCCAUAUCCAUGCUAUAAGGUCCCAUCUAUGCUAGAAGGCAGAAUAGAGUCAGGCAUAAUGCAGGGAUGCUACCAUGCAUUCAUCCUUUUAGUCGAGAGCAACGUUUUUGGCUGACCCUAUUCUUUCUCUGUUUGGGUUCAGUGGAGACUAAACGUUCCUGGAGACUAAAUCUAUCAAUGUCCAGCCAGGAUGGCUUGCUAUCCCUUCCACUUUCAGAGAGUAGCGGAUGAUGGAGGAUGCAAUUGUGCUCCUUGUAAAACAAUCCGACAAUCUGACAAAGCCAACAUUCUGGUAUGGACAAUUCAAUGGACACCUGGCCAACUCAAUUGACCUGAAAUCGCUAAAGGAUGGAUAGAUGAGAGAAUAGGAGUUAGUGUUUCUGGGACAGAUUAUUAUUAUUAUUAUUUAUUUAUUUAUUUACAGUAUUUAUACCCCGCCCUUCAGCCCUAAAGGCUCUCAGAGCAGGUUACAAUUAUUAAGAUUACAAGAUUAAGCUCUUGCCUUUCACCAGGGGAUGGUUCUUUCUUUCUUUCUUUCUUUCUUUCUUUCUUUCUUUUUGUAAGAGUUAGAGUAUGGUACAUUGACCCCUGGAUAAG